AUGCGACACAGAGCAGAGACCCAAGAAGAUAAAAUGCAGAAAUUGAUACAUUUUUAUAUUUGUGGAAGGUCAAUCAUUCAUGUGGGCAGGCUGAGUUGGGAUACAGAUUUCUUGCCUGUCGAUCUGAAAUUGAGAGUAAAUUCUUUAAGUGUAUUCUCCCAUUGGGAGUUCGAAGCCGCAAUUCGUUUCAUAGACCCUCGUAGUUUUCCGCUGAACACUCUGGACACUCUUCCCGAUUUCUCAACCUACGACAAUCAUAUUGCCACCUCAGCUGAAACCCUUAUUCUACUUCUCGUUGUUGAUCCGAUAGUCACUGUUGAAGACCUUAAGAAACUUAACAACAAGAGAGUGGAAUUUGAAUCAGACCACUCCGAAAUUGAUAUAAUUCCAUUGAUUAAAUACCACAUUGAAACCAAGAAAGAUAUUAGAACCACUUUUAUGAUUUCAACAGAAGACAAAGAUUUCCUCAAUGAGAUGUUACGUGAAUUUGAACAAGCGUUUGGUGAAUACAGAAGUGCUUUGAUUGGCGUUGAUGAAAGGUGUAUUCCUGGAUCGUAUAAGUUCUCCAUCCCAAUCAACAACAAGUCUAGAAUCCACGUGUACGCAAUCGAGGAUUCAGAAGAAGGUGGCCAAUGGAAAAUUGUGAUCAGGCCAGUGUCUGAAGUCUUGGGAUUAUGA